UCUGCCUUCUCGGAAACGAAACCAGUAUGAGUCAUUUUUAUUUCCUUUCCUUUGUGGUAUUUUUGGUGGAAGGUGUGUUUGGUGCUGAUGAAGUGAAAGCAGUAUCAGCAAAUGUAGGAGAAGAUGUAAUUCUAGAGACAGAUGAGGCUGAAGUACAGAGAGCUGAUGAGCUGUCAUGGAGGAUUCAAGGUGAAAUCAUAGCAGAGUUCGAUAGAGAAACCAAGAUGGUCUCAAUAAUCACAGAUGACGAGAGAUUCAGUGGGAGACUGCAGAUGGAUAAGACGACUGGAUCUCUGACUAUCAAGAACAUCAACACCGCAGACUCUGGAGUUUAUGAACUACAGAUAAGCAGCCGCAGUCGGGUCAAGAAAAAGACAUUCAGUCUUACUGUACACUCUGAGGUUGGCAGUGUUCAAGUGUCUGUGAUGGAAGGAGAUUCGGUCACUCUAAACAUUAAUGAUAAUGAAGUACAGAAAGAUGAGGAGCUGAACUGGAAGGUGAAGCCUAAAGAUGAAAAUGUUUACAAAAGCAUUAAUGAUGAAAGAUUUAAGACAGGCGAAACUGGAUCUCUGACCAUCACAAACAUUAACAUCAAAGACUCUGGACUUUAUCGACUAGAGAGCAGCAGCAUCACGAGCAGCGACAUCAAAUACAAGACCAGAUUUAAUGUUGCUGUCCACGUUGAGACAGAUGGACUGAAGUCAGUGUCAGUGAUGGAGGGAGAUACUAUCACUCUACGCACUGGUGUUACUCAGAUCCUCACUGCACGCUUAAACGGCACCAGUGCGAGCCGGAGUAACAUUAACCUGAAUAAGGAGACUGGAGAAAUCACCAUCAGAAACAUCAGAGGAGAUCAGUCUGGAGAUUUGGAAGUGGAGAUCAACACCUCCAAUGUGACCGUGCACAGAAAAUUCAGUAUUAAUAUUAGCGAUUCAGGUUCCUCAGCUGCUGUAUCAGGCAUAUGUGGGGUCAGUUUUGGUCUGCUGGUUUGGGCUGUAGCUGUUUUGUUACUGCAAGAAGUAUAAGCAACCAAACAUGUUUCAGACAAGAUAAAGUGAAUCAAACUCAGGAUCAGGAUGAAUAAUGAUGAGAAUCACCUCCAACAGAACAUAAUCAUAAUCUGUGACAAUGUAAACACAGGCUUUGUAAGGCAUACUGAUCAGUAUGGGGCUAUAUGCAACAAUUUUCUUGUUUUAAUCGCUUCUUUAUUGCCAAUAUGUGAACAUCUUGUAAUGAAGCUUAAAAAAUGAGACCUUCCCCAACUUAACUAGGUUGCCUAUAGCAGUGGUUCCCAAAGUGGGGGUCGCAAGACAGCAAGGAAGGGGUUGCAAGAGGAUUUCCAGAAAUAUACAACAAAUAAACAAAUAAAUAAAUGAUUAGAAAUAGCAUAUUUGAUGGACAGACUUGAUGUGGUGCAUGUCGUUCAAAGCACUUCAUGAGGAUAGGAGUAAGUGCGACUGGACAGUAGUCAUUGAAGCAGGAUGGCAUUGAAGUCAGCAUUGCGAUUCUCUUUGUAUAUACUUAGUGUAUUUCAUAGAUUUCACAUUUAAACACACUACAUUUAUACAUUUUAUUCAUUUCAUUACUUUAUAUUUAUAUGAAAUAACACUUUAGAUUUAUAUAUUAUGUUACCCACACUGUGCAGCACAGCAAAAGUAGACGGCGCGGAAAGGAUCGCUGCACUGCUGCAGACACACUGCCGGACCGCAUGCAUGUGCAGUGUGAACGCUUUAAUCUGUAAAUGCUUUAAUCAGCGUUAGUGCGUGUGCCUUUGUGCACAACAUGUGUAUACUUUAACCACCUGCGAGGAUAGUGCGGGUCGCAAGUCUCUGGCAUCAUUAUUUUGAGGGUCGUGAGCUGAAAAGUUUGUAGCUUCACCAGGAAAAUGGUCUCCCAGUCUUUUUUACUUCACUGUGAGUAUAUCAGUGCAUCGAAUCACAUUCAGUCUCUUGUACAUUAUGUGUUCAUGAGUGUGAGCUCAAGCAGUUCACUUAAUGGCAUUAGUUAUAUAUAUAAGCUGUUUUUGACAUGAAUCACACUUCAGUAUUUUUUGCCUCAUGCUUGACUAUUUAAACAAAAGGAACAUUUUCUUCACAGGUAUUUGUAAAGCUCAUAUAUCAUAAGUAAUAGGGGUGUGACGAGAUCUCGUGGCACGAGAUCUCGCGAGACUAAACCGUGACGAGAUUUCUCGUCGAGGCGAAAAGUAGUCUCGUGAUGUUGCCAUGACAGAGUGUUAGGAUGAUUAGGAAAG